AUGUCAUUGGUAAUACUAAAGAGGUUUAACUCUAGUAAACCGAUAGCAGACAAAAAACAACAAGCAGCCCAACUAGCUGCACAAUCAAUAAAAGAUAUAGGUUCAAUUUUCUCAUCAUCAUCUUCAAAUGAUGAUCCAUCUACACAACCAAUAGAUACAAAACCAAUUUAUGAAAAUCCACAAUUAUUCCCAUCAUUAAGUUUAUUACAUCAAGGACAAGUUAUAAAAGAACUACAAAAUAAAUAUGAUAAAAAAUGGCAUAAUUUAACUCAAAAGGAUAAACUUUUAGGAUAUUUUAUAUCUUAUGGAAAUUGGGGAGUUCGUGAAAAUUUUAAUAAUUGGAAUGAUCAAACUGCUCCAUUAGAUUUACCAUUUCAUAUUCCUUCAAAUAUUAAAACCAUUUCUCCAUCACCCACCGACAUUAUCAGAAAAUUAAAUCCAGAAUUAAAAUUAAGUGAAACACCAAUUCGAAUAAAUCAAUUUAAUUAUAAAAAAAUGGAUCCUGCUACAAAAUUUAUAAUCUAUAUAAUAAUUUUUAUUAGUUUAUUUGCAAUUUAUAGAGAUAAGGCUAUUGGUGAAGCAGGAAAACCGAAAGAAGUUGUUAUAGAAGAUAAAUAUGAAAUUGAAAGACAAGCCAAAUUAAAACAAUUAGAACUUGAAUUACUUCUUGCAAAGGAAGAAGAAAUAAGAAAAGAGAAGGAGAAACAGAGAAGAAAAUGGUAUUAUCUUUGGUUGAAAUAG